AUGCGCAAAUAUUUCGACGGCGACGCAGACUUCAAUGGCGACGUCCUUGAAGUGCUUGAGUACCGUCAUGAUUGGGCGUCCUUCCGUUUCACAUGGGAGCUAUUUCGAUACAUCGUUGUCAACUUUGCUACCGAUGUCCUCAUCCAUAGCCGAUCUCAGGAUGAAGAUCAGGUUCGAGACCACUAUGAUCGUGGUGAUGACUUCUAUGCUUGGUUUUUGGGUCCGCGAAUGGUCUAUACAUCCGGCAUCAUCUCCGAUGUGACCAAGGAGGAGUCUCUCGAACAGCUACAGGAUAACAAGCUUGCUAUCGUGUGCGAAAAGAUUGCCCUGAAGCCUGGCGAGACCUUGUUAGAUAUUGGUUGCGGUUGGGGUACGCUUGCCAAGUUUGCUAGUGUCAACUAUGGUGCAAAGGUGACGGGCAUCACUCUCGGGCGUAACCAAACCAAGUGGGGGAACGAGACCCUGCGCAGGGCUGGCGUAUCAGACUCUCAAAUUCACUGCAUGGACUAUCGCGACAUGCCCAAGGCUAAAUACGAUAAGAUUACUUGCCUGGAGAUGGCUGAACAUGUCGGUAUUUUUAAGAUUACUAACUUUCUUCGACAGUGUCGCGAUAUGUUGGAGGAUGAUGGCGUUAUGCUCCUCCAGAUUGCAGGCAUUCGACAAGCUUGGCAGUAUGAGGAUCUGGUCUGGGGCUUAUUCAUGAAUAAAUAUGUAUUCCCGGGUGCAGACGCAUCUGCGCCACUUGCGUAUUAUGUCGGGUUUUGCGAAAGGGCAGGUUGGGAAGUCAAAAGCGUGGGCACCAUUGGCGUUCACUACUCGGCCACUAUUUGGCGUUGGUACCGGAACUGGCUGGCCAACGAGGCCGACGUCACAGCCAAGUACGGACUGAGAUGGUUCAAGAUCUGGAAGUAUUUCCUCGCAUCAGCCACCAUCGCCUCCCGUCAAGGAUCUGCGACCUGCUAUCAGAUCACUCUGGUCAAGAACAUCAACAGCGUCCACCGCAUCGACGGAGUUUCGACGCAAUUUGCUCUCUCGACUGCCCUUGAGGCAAGUAAGAAGGCCCGCAGGGCAGUGUUCCCUGCCAACUAG